AUGGUCGCAAAGAAGAACCAUCAACGCCCGCCCUUCCGGGCUGAGCACCUUGGCUCACUUCUCCGGCCACAGAAGCUGGUUGAUAAACGUGUCGCCCUGGACGGCGUGAAAACCGAAGCCAUCGCCAAUGAUAAGGAGCUUCACGGCAUUGAAGAUGAGGCCAUCAAUGAGAUCGUCAAGGUCCAGCUAGACCUAGGAUUCCAUGCGGUAAAUGAUGGAGAAUACCGUCGCCAUCAGUUCUGGGGCACCUUCUUCCCUGCUCUUGAGGGGAUGGAGGAGAUUGAAAACCCACCUCUGGAAAUAUUCCGUCUCUAUGUUCCUGACCUGGCUGCCUUUACCGAGGCCGGCCACAAACCUGGCGAGUCUGUAAUUUGCACGGGCAAGAUCAGGCAUGUUGGCAGUACCUAUGUCGACCAGUGGAACUACCUAAAGAAACUCCUCCCGGCCGAGUACGUCAAAGAGGCGAAGCUGACCCUACCCGCGCCUGAGUGGUACCAUCUUCGCUACCAACCUGGCAAGGCCUACCCGAAAGAGGUAUAUGCCAACGACGAGGAGUACUUCGCCGAUAUCGCGAAGGCGUACAGGGCCGAGCUGCAGGUCCUGUACGACGCUGGCUGCCGCAAUGUCACCAUCGACGACCCAAACCUGGCUUAUUUCUGCUCCGAGAAGAUGCUUCAAGGCUUCAAGGACGCGGGUGAGGACUCGGAUGCUCUGCUGGAUAGCUAUAUCAAGCUCUAUAACGACUGCAUCUCGCAGCGCCCGGACGACCUCCACCUGGGAAUCCACCUCUGCCGCGGAAACUUCGCCUACAGCCGGCACUUCAGCGAGGGCGGGUACGACCGCAUCGCCACCAAGCUCUUCAACGAGAUCGAGGCCGACACCUACUUCCUCGAGUACGACACCGACCGCGCCGGCGGCUUCGAGCCCCUGAAGGAGCUGCCGCCGUACAAGAACGUCAUCCUGGGCGUCAUAACCAGCAAGUUCCCCGAGCUGGAGGACCUGGAGAAGCUCAAGGAGAGGGUGUACCAAGCGGCAGAUUUUGUGGCGAAGGGCGCGGGCCAGAGCCGGGAGGAGGCGCUGAAGCGGAUCGGCAUACUUCCAUAA